ACAGUGACGUGAUGAGCCGACGAGUGUUGCUCUUUUGAUGUUUGGUUCACGCUAAUGACUCAAGUUUAUAUUGUAAUCUUCACUACAGCUUCUUUUAAAAAUGAGUAAGAGAACCAUAGAUCAGUUUUUUAAACCAAAAACCUUAAAAACGGACCCGGUAUCAAGUGACAAAGUGUUAGUUCCGCUGUUGCCACGAAAAAUAGAAGGAACCACUAUUGGCUCGAUAGAAGAAGAAAGCAUUACGUUGACUCCAGAUCCAUGUUGUUCAUCGUCUUGUGACCAAUCCAGAAAUAGUAGGCCUACAGAUUCCCAAAGGACCUGGCUAAAAAGGUUUAAUUGGCUGGCUUAUUCUAAGGCUAAGGAUGGAACUUACUGCAAGUUUUGUGUGUUAUUUGCCAAUGAGUUCACUGGUAAAGGCCAACACCAAAAAUUGGGAGCCUUAGUAACCAUGCCUUUUAGAAAGUGGAAAGACGCAAUAGAUAAAUUCACCUCUCACAGCAACUCUGAGUACCACAAAUUUUCUUGUCUAGCUGCAGAAAACUUUAUGAAGGUCGACUCUCGCCGAAUGGAAGAUAUCACAGUGAUGUUGGAUUCGCAGAAGAGAAAAGAAAGAGAACAAAACAGAGCUUCACUCAAGCCUAUAAUUGACACAAUUAUAUUAUGUGGAGAAAAUGAAAUACCUCUUCGGGGACAUCGGGACAGUGGGCCACUGACGCCCGAAAAACCUUUAGAAAAGGAGGGCAAAUUUCGAGCCUUACUCAGGUACCGGGCAGUCACCGAUGAAAGUUUUAAAAAACACAUUUUUAACUCUGCACGAAAUGCAACCUAUAUAAGCCCUGAAAUCCAGAAUGAGAUUAUUGUCAUUUGUUUAAAACUUAUACAGAAAAAAGUGGUUCAGUCUGUAAACAGUGCAGAGUGUUUUUCCAUUUUAGGAGAUGAAACGCUUGAUGUGUCUGGGAAAGAGCAGUUUUCACUUUGCAUUCGGUACAUUUUGAAUGAAAACAAACCGAUCCUUAAAGAAGAUUUCAUUGCAUUCACCCACAUAACAGAUUUGUCUGCUGAAAGCAUUUAUGAAACUAUUUUAACAAUUUGUGCAAGUGUAGGUCUCAACAUGGAUAAAGUCAUUGGUCAAGGGUACGAUGGUUGUUCAACGUUUAAUGGACAUUUGUCUGGCGUACAUCAAAAAUUUCGGGAAUCACACCCCAAAGCUAUUUAUGUGCACUGUGUUGCACAUCGUCUAAAUUUGGUGUUGAGUGACUCCUUAGACAUGCCUUACAUAAGGAAUUGUUUGGGAACUAUAAAUGAAGUGGCCAAUAUGAUGAGAAAUAAUACUCAAAGCGGUGAUAUUCUAAAGAGGUAUAUUGAGAAUCUUGUGCCAGAAACUCAAAAAAGCCGCCUCCUUCGCCUGUGUGAUACAAGAUUCAUCGAAAGACAAGAUUCUGUCCAUACAUUUGUCGAAGUAUUUCCAGCCAUAGUUGCUACUUUGGAAGAGUUAUCUACGUCCAAUAGAGCAAUAUCGUCUUCAGCUGCCAAUCUUCUAGCCUCUAUCGAAAAAGGAAGUUUUCUCGUUGCAAUGGUGGUGUGUGAAUUCAUAUUCAGCAUCACCCUUCCUCUUUCAAAAUAUCUCCAGAAACCUGAGAGUGACCUGUCAUCUGCCCUAAAAUUUGCUGAUGACACGGUUGAACGUCUGAAGGAUUUGCGUAAACCAUCCGAAAAUGGAGACAGCAGUGAUAUCAGGCAAUUCCAUCGGUUAUUUGAAAAGGCUGAAAAAAUGUCUCAAGAUAAUUUUAGAACAGCAAUUGUUGUGCCCCGGCUAGUGGGGAAGCAAACUAAAAGAGACAACCCCCCUUACUCUACUCCUGAAGAAUAUUAUCGUCGAUCAAUAUUCAUACCAUGUGUAGAUUCAUUGAUUUCUAAUUUGGUUGAGCGGUUUGGGAAAAACAGAGAUAUUUUGGAAGCUCUAGAUUGUUUACUCCCAAAGAAUGUAAAAGAAACAAACAUUCACAAACUGAAAACACUGAAGCUGUUGUACGAUAGUCAGUGGUCUGAUUGUGAGGUCGAGGCAGAGUAUAUGCUGUGGAAUUCAAAAUGGAGAAAUAUACAAGAAUCUGAAAUUCCUAAGAAAAUCAUGUCGGUUCUAGAUGCCUGCGAUAAAAGCUUCUACCCUGCUAUCAAAUAUUUGCUCCAGGUGCUUGCUACAUUACCAGUUUCAACAGCAGAACUAGAGAGAUCAUUUUCAUCUCUCAAAAGAAUUAAGAGCUAUCUGAGGAAUUCCAUGAAUGACCAACGAUUAAAUGGGCUUGCUCUUCUGUCAAUUCACUAUCCAGCUCCAAUCAACAGUGACGAAGUUAUCGAUGAAAUGGCCAGAUAUGGAAAUAGGAGAUUAGUGCUGUAA